AUGUCGGAGAGGGAGGUGUCCUCCGACGAGGAGGUCGACGGCGGCCCCACCGCGGAGAUAGUCACGGUGGAGUUGUCGUCGACGGAAGAGGACAGCGGCGGGGAGACUGUGACCCCCGUGGUCUCGUCGGACGAGGACGACGACAGGCGGGCGGCAAAGGCCAGGGAGGAGCUACAGGCAGCUCAGGCGGGCCGUGGCGGGUGGCGACAUCAUCCGGUGCGGAACGGAGGCUCCGUCGGGGGACCCCGCGGAAGUGGCAGCCAUCAUGGCCAGGCGCCAAUGGACGCUGCGGAGGUUGCAGGAGCAGCAGAGGGAAAGGGUGGCGGCGUGGGAGGCGUGGCAACUGCCGUCGCCGCCGCCGAAACUGCCGUCGCCGCCGCCGAAACUGCCGUCGCCACUGCCGAAACUGCCAUCGCCGCCGAAGCUGCCGUCGCCGCCGCCAAAACUGCCGUCGCCACCGCCGAAACUGCCAUCGCCACCGCCGUCGCCGAAGCUGUCACCGCCGUCGCCGAAGCUGUCAUCGCCGCCGCCUCCUCCGCCGGCGUGGGUGUGGCCACCACGGCCGCAAGGGCCACUGCCGUCGCCGACGCCGCCGCUGCCGCAAGGGCCGUCGCCGCCGCUGCCGCAAGGGCCGCCGCCGUCGCCACCGGCAAGGAGCACGCCGCCGCUGCCGCAAGGGCCACCGCCGUCGGCGCCGCAACCGCCGCCACGACCGCCGAAGCUGCUCCGUCAGGUGUCGUGUCCGGAGGCCCAGGCACCAAAGAGACCCACCUUGCGGAGGACGGUGUCGGUGGAGCCCGCCGGGCGGGAGAUAGCCCUCACGGAGUGCCCAGAUGCGGUGAGGACCGAGGCGGAGAGGCAGGCUCGGCGAGGGAGGACCCAGCGGUGGGCCAAAUUAAUGUGGUCAGAAGGGGCCCGCUACCGCAUCAAGAUGGCGGGCGGGCGGGCCAGGGUCUUUAA